AUUCGAGUAUCUGCUACUACGUGUUAUGGACUCGACAGUAUGUGUAGUAUGACGAUCUUGAUCCCGCAGCGAGGGUAUAUUGGUGGGAGAGAGAAUUGUGCCUAACCAUCAUGGCAGCCUCGCGUGUUGAUAACGGCAACCGUGCAGACCGUGGUCUGUUGUCCACAGAAGAGGGCGCCGACAUCUCCUUGAUACGUCAGAAGAGCGUGGAACGUGGGACGUCCUCUCAUGCAACAAGUCCUGCCACUCGUAUUCUUCCUCCUUCGAACACGGCAGGUUUUGGGGCUCAGUCCAGUUCAUCGCCUACAGAUCAAGAUGCACGAGGUCAAGAAGAUGGCUAUGGAGAUUUUGCCCAGGAAAGUGCGUACAGUCGAGGCCAGAAAGAUGAGCUCUCGUCAGACUGGUACAUCGAAGGACCAGGCCGGCGCGUGGGUUACGAUGAUUUGACGGCAAUCGAUUGGAUCUAUGAGUACACAAAAGAGCGCCAGCGCCUGAGGAGGCUACUUGCACUCAAUCCAGGUCUUUCAGGGCAGUUGAGACAAUUGUUCGACGCCAGUCACGUCUGGCUCGUCCUUGUGGCAAGUGGUAUUUCUGUUGGGUGCGUCGCAGCAUUGAUCAAUAUUGCUUCUGACUGGCUGGGCGAUAUCAAGACUGGCUACUGCAAGAAAGGCACCGGUGGUGGGCAAUUUUACUUGAACAAGCAGUUCUGCUGUUGGGGACAUGAUGACUUCUCUCAGUGCCAGGACUGGACACCCUGGCCCUCGGCGUUGGGUGUAGGUCCAGUGGGUGGACAAUAUGUGAUAAGUUACAUUUUCUUCAUUGUUUUCGCGGUUCUUUUUGCUGUCUCUGCUGCCGUACUCGUCCAGCACUACUCGAUAUACGCCCGACAUAGUGGCAUCCCGGAAAUAAAGACGGUACUCGGAGGCUUUGUGAUCAGACGCUUCUUGGGAGGCUGGACUCUACUCACAAAGUCUCUAGGGCUGUGUCUGACAGUCUCAUCUGGGAUGUGGCUUGGUAAAGAAGGACCUUUUGUCCAUCUCGCUUGCUGCUGUGCCAAUAUUAUCAUGAAGCCGUUUGAGUCUCUCAGCCAGAACGAAGCUCGAAAACGAGAGGUGUUGUCCGCAGCCGCUGCUUCGGGCAUUUCGGUCGCUUUUGGCGCUCCCAUUGGCGGUGUGCUGUUCUCGCUCGAGCAAUUGUCAUACUACUUUCCAGACAAGACAAUGUGGCAGUCAUUUGUCUGCGCCAUGGUGGCUGCAGUCACGCUGCAGGCUUUGAAUCCGUUUCAUACCGGCAAGAUUGUCCUCUAUCAAGUCACCUACACCACAGGAUGGCACAGCUUCGAAGUCGUACCGUUCAUUCUACUUGGAUUUACGGGAGGAAUCUAUGGCGGUAUGUUCAUCAAGCUCAACAUGCUAAUCGCACGCAUGCGAAAGUCUGGUAGUUAUCCGCUUCGAGACAAACCUCUUCUCGAAGUGUUCAUUGUUGCCGCGAUCUCCGCAAUUGUCAACUUCCCAAACACCUUUAUGCGAGCUCAACUUUCAGAGCUAGUCUAUUACCUCUUCGCGGAAUGCGCUACUAUUGGCAACAAUGACAUAUUUGGCUUGUGUAAAGCCACAACUGCUGGAGCUUUAUCGAUGGCAUGGCUGCUGAUCGCCGCUUCCGUUCUCGGAUUCCUCUUGGCCAGCAUCACAUUUGGCCUGCAGAUCCCAGCCGGUAUCAUCUUACCUUCUCUUGCGAUCGGUGCCCUCUACGGUAGGACUCUCGGUGUCCUGGUAGAAUUGCUACACAAGCACUUUUCAACCUCAUUGAUCUUUGCAGCAUGCGAGCCAGAUGGUCCGUGUGUAACUCCAGGGACUUAUGCGAUUGUUGGCGCAGCUUCAGCAUUAGCUGGUGUAACACGAAUGACAGUCUCAAUCGUGGUCAUUAUGUUUGAGCUGACGGGAGCUCUCACGUAUGUCUUACCGAUAAUGAUUGCUGUCAUGCUUGCCAAAUGGAUUGGCGAUGCCUUCUCGACCAGAGGCAUCUACGAGUCCUGGAUGCAAUUCAACGAGUACCCAUACCUGGAAAACAGGGAUGAUGCGACCAUUCCGCACAUUUCGGUAUCUAACGUUAUGACAAGGGUAGAGGAGAUGACAUGUUUGGAUGGGAACCAAGCAUAUCCAGUCGAGAAGCUGCGCAGAAUUCUCCGCGCGACGACAUUUAGAGGAUUUCCUGUGGUGGCUUUCAAGCAUGUCACAUCCGACGUAAUUGACAUGCCCUCAAGCCGACCACAUUCACCACGCGAGAAUACUUUUCUAGGGUAUAUCUCACGGACGGAGCUCGCGUACGCACUGGACCGAGUGACCAAAGUUCCAAGCUCUACUGCGGGCUCCCACGAUCUCCCUUCGCAGACGCCCUGCUAUUUCAAUUAUCAUGUCGACAUCAUCUCUGGACGUGGGAUUGAUCUACGACCCUGGAUGAAUCAGACACCAAUUACUUUAAACGUAAAUACCUCGCUUCAGCUCGCAGUGCACAUGUUCCAGAAUCUCGGAUUACGAUACCUCCUCUUUGUCGAACGGGGAGCUUUUCGAGGCAUGCUGACCAAAAAGGACGUCUGGUGGAUCCUGUCCGCAGCCGAAGACGGAGCGAAAAGGGAAAAAUUCGUCGCAGGCGCUGGAGUACUCCGAGAUGACGCUGAAGAGGACAAUGGACCUGAUGAGGCGAGGAGUCUCCUUCAGCAGGAAAACGGAGGCCUUGAGCAGCAUAUCGUGUCAAGUUAAGAACCUGUCUUCAUGUCCUUACACAUUCUCUGGACCUGCCUACGGAGUACUUACCUUCCAGUGUCCAGAACUAUUGCCCCAUACUUCACGACCGAGGAGCGUUGUACCGAUUGUCUGUAAAGAAAGGUGAUCUUCCGGCACCGAGUGGACGUGCCGUCCCUCGAAAGCGACGAACAACUGGAGCGGAACAUGGGGCAUCUCGUCUGAAAGGCACAGCCCCGGAUCCUUUUAGGCGUUGGGAUGUCAGGCCACUUCACGAGAUUUUGCAAAGCCUUUUCGUCGGAACUUGCUCAAUAGUCAACUCGGCUACAACACUGUGCAUCUAGUUCAACUAUUUUUCAAGGGCUUGGUAGGGAACAGAGUGGGGGCCAUCAUGGGCCUAACCAUCAACACAUCCAGCUUCCAUGCAAUGGUGAUCCUCACCAAAAAGAGCUUAGAAAUCGGCUACGAGGCAAGCAGACAAUCAGCGAACUUACCCUGCAACCACGAGGUAAAGACGCAAUAUCGCCCGGCGCAGCUGUCGAUUGGGGCCCUUGCUUCAAAGGAGGAUCAGGGAAACGAUAGUGAGUUGGCACGAGGGAGACGAGAUUAUCCAAAGGCGAAAUGCCAAGUCUGGUGCUCGGCAGUUUGUUUUGCUCUCCUGCCGAUCCCUUCGGCUGUCGAAGUUGAUCGCAAAGCAGGGCUCGAGGCCGAUGAGGUUUUCAGAAUUUCAUGAUCGACCAUCCUGUGGUUAGGUGAUGAUCUUCGCAUCCCGCAUCUGCUACUCUGUCUGUCAUGCGGAGAAGGAAUACCCGUGUGGUCCUUGGACGGUGACUUAUGUGAUUUCAAAGGCCUUCGACACUGCGUACACAGUAUUCCGUACUGCUCUCAUGAGAGCCUUGGAUCGGAGGGCAUCGUAUUGGUCUCUUACCACCGAGGACUUGCCCAAACGAGAACGUCCGUGCGGCCUAGAAUACUCAGAGAGAGGUACUACGUACAUACGAAGUUGUUCACCUGUCCAAUUGACGCGAUUGGGCUGGGCGACUAGCUCUUUCGGAUGUUUCAUUUUAAAAAGGGUGCAGUAGACUGCGCCG